UUUCAUAAACAAACAAGUUUACUUUGUUUUUGUUUGGAACUGUUCAACUUUAGAAGAUUUGUUAGAAUACUAUAAUUUUAAAUUUAAUCUAGUGUGAAUAGUCCAACUGUUAAUCCAGUGCAGCUUUAUUAGAUGGUGACUAGUAGAUUGUGACUUGUGAUGUAGACGUGAAUUUUUAUAGGCUAUUUUAUUGUCGAUGUAAUAAUACUUGAAGGUUUUAUUUUGAUUGGGUUUUGCCAAAUAUUGUAUCAUAUAAAGGUUAUAAGAGUUAAAAUGUCACAUAGUACUGGGAAUGUAACUAAUAAAAGUGCAAUAAACUUUGAGCUAGAGAAAAAGAAAGAAUUAGAAAGAAGAAAAAUAUUACGUCUUUUACAGGUUCGUCAACAAUCCAAAGAUUUUGCUAGUAAACUAAGAGAAAAUAUUAAAGAAGAAACAAUCAACCAGAAAAACAAGAUUUGUGAGAUGAAGAGGAAACAAAUACAAGAAAAACGAUUAGAAGAACUUAACCGUCUCAGAGAUAUCUAUGAAAUUUGUCUCAAGUCUGUCGGAGAGGGCCACAGAGAAGCAUCUAAGCAACCAAAUAUCACUUCUAAAGCCGUGGAAAAAUGA